AGUUUAGAAAGCUAUAGAUGAAGGUGCUUGUGAGAAUAUGGAGUUAGAAGGACAGAGUAUCAUGUUGAUUUAGCUUCUCAGCAAUUUACUAUAGCCAGCAACUAAUGGAGGAAAGUGUCAGCAAGGGAGCAUCGUCAUUAAGGCAAGGUGGUUUUAAGUCCAGUUUUUCAGGAAGAUCAACUCCAAGUAGCUCCCCUAUAUUCUGGAGAUCGAUUUCAAGCGGGACUCCCAGAAGGGAAGCUAGAAAUGGUGCUGUUGGCAUUCAGUGGUUUAGGAGCAACCGCUCUGUGUACUUGUUGCUUGUGAUUGCAUUUUGGGCAUAUCUUGGAUUUUAUGUACAAUCCUGGUGGGCUUAUAAUCAUAAAAAAGAGGAAUUUUUUGGUUUAAGUGGUGGUCCAAGAAAUAAGCUAGUGGUCGCUGAAUGGAACAUACAACGAGAUCUGCUUGCUGAUGAUGACAGUUCGGUAGCAGUGGGAAAUGGAACUAAUGAGCCUCUAGUCCAUAGUGAUGGAAAGUUUAAUGUGAUUUUGGCAAAAGGGAAUAAUAUUGCAUCCAGGAAGAAAAGAAGUCAAAGAGCAAGGUUUAGUUUGCACAAGACGCAUGGUGAACCGGAGGAAACAAUGUACAUUGAAAAUGGUAAUGCCGAGAGACAAGAACAGACAGUUCUUCUGAAGAAUUCCACUUAUGGGUUAUUUGUUGGUCCAUUUGGGUCAUUGGAGGACAGAGUUUUGAAGCGGAGUCCUGAAAAGCGGUCUGGAACAUGUGAUAGGAAGGGGGACUUUUCUCACGCUGUUAGGUCUAGAAUCUUGGUCUUGGUAUUUCAUGAACUAUCCAUGACAGGGGCUCCCAUUUCAAUGAUGGAACUGGCAACAGAGCUUUUGAGCUGUGGAGCCACUGUAUCUGCUGUUGUUCUAAGUAAGAAGGGAGGACUGAUGUCCGAGCUUGCAAGGAGAAGGAUCAAAGUCAUUGAAGAUAGAGCAGAUAUUAGCUUCAAAACUGCCAUGAAGUCAGACCUUGUGAUUGCGGGAUCAGCAGUCUGUGCUUCAUGGAUUGAUCAAUAUAUAGAUCAUUUCCCAGCUGGGGGAAGUCAAAUUGCUUGGUGGAUUAUGGAAAACAGAAGAGAGUACUUUGAUCGGUCAAAGCAUGUUCUACACCGGGUGAAAAUUCUAAUUUUCUUGUCCGAAUUGCAGAGCAAACAGUGGCUUAACUGGUGUGAAGAAGAAAAUAUCAAGUUGAGAUCUUGGCCUUAUAUUGUUCCGCUUGCCGUUAACGAUGAGCUCGCAUUUGUAGCCGGAAUCCCUUGUUCUUUAAACACCCCAUCUUCUAGCCCGGAUAAGAUGCUAGAAAAAAGGAAGUUACUGCGAGAUGCAGUAAGAAAAGAGAUGGGGUUGAAAGAUAAUGACAUGCUUGUCAUGUCUCUAAGUAGCAUAAAUGCUGGAAAGGGCCAACUCUUACUUCUUGAAUCAGCAAACCUUAUGAUUCAUCAAUAUCCUUCGGACACUGAUUCUCAAGUUAAAGAAUCAUUGGAUAUGAAGCAAGAUCAGUCAGCCUUGGAAAGAAAACAUCAUUUAAGAGGUUUGCUUCGGAAAUCAACCAAUGCUGAUAUAUCUUCUACAAAUUUUCUGUUUGACACCAGAGGAAAGCAGGAACAAUCUCUUAAAAUCCUCAUCGGUUCUGUCGGAUCUAAAAGCAAUAAGGUACCUUAUGUUCAAGCAAUUCUAGGAUUCUUGUCUCAGCAUUCAAAGUUGUCGAAGAACGUACUCUGGACUCCUGCAACCACAAGUGUGUCAUCACUAUAUUCAGCAGCAGAUGUUUAUGUCAUGAACUCCCAGGGAGUAGGAGAAACAUUUGGCAGAGUGACUAUUGAAGCAAUGGCAUUUGGUCUUCCGGUGCUGGGCACUGAUGGCGGGGGCACAAAAGAGAUAGUUGAGCAGAAUGUGAGUGGGCUAUUUCACUCAAUGGGGCGUCCAGGGAAUCGAGUUCUUGCUGAGAACCUCAGGUAUUUGCUGGAAAACCCGACUGCAAGGGAGCAAAUGGGUAGGGAAGGACGAAAAUUGGUAGAAAAACAGUAUCUGAAGCGGCAUAUGUACGGCAGAUUUGUGAAGGUUUUAUCCAGGUGUAUGAAACCUCAAAUUGCCUCAUCUAGUACUGCACAUUAUCGUUCUUUGAUUGGCUUUUGA